ACUCAGUCGGCUAAAAAUUUGAGCCGAUGAGAGCCGCAUACAUCAGCGGCGGCUCAGAUCACUUAAAAAAAGUCGGCGGCGGCUGCACGCCGACUGCGAGCCGAUCGGCUUCGUGCUCUGAUUCUUCCUCGUUACUUAACGUCGACUUUCAAUUUGUUUUCAAUAAAAUAACUAUUAAUUAAUAAAAGAAAAUGUUUACGAAUAUAUUGAGAAGGGCCUGCAACAGUGUUGGACAAAUGGUCAUAACACGAGAGGCUCAUGCCUUCAACCGGGACAUACUAAAGACCAAGGUACGUUGCCACUUCCCAAAACCCAGAGAAGUCAAACGUAUCAAUGUACAUGGCUGGGAUGCUCGCAUGGCCACCGAAGGAGGCAGAAGGACCUUGAUGCGUCGCAUACUAAAGGGCCGUUAUGUGUUGUCACAUUAGAGGAAAAAUAAAACACCACAUUUAAAUAAAUAAAA